AUUCCAAAAUUAAUUAUGACAUUCCAAACAACCCGUAAACUACAAGGUGAGUCAGCGCCAGUCAACCUUAAAAACACGCUCUCGAGAACUUUAAAAACGUAUCACAACCCACACUUUCGAUAUUUCCAGAAACAUUUGUCCCUGCAUUGCAUUCUCAUAGUAAUAAUAGCAGUGUAGAACGUGCACAGUACCCGUUUUACAUCAACGUAGUUAGGUUAAGCAGUUGCAAUUGCUAUGGCUUUCAAUAGCAGCAUCCAAUGCAGCCCUUCUUCACAUGAGAUGAUAAAGAAAUAUGACGUGUUUGUGAGCUUCAGAGGUAAGGACACACGCAACAAUUUCACUGAUCAUUUUUUUGCUGCCCUCCAUAGGAAAGGCAUUCUUGCCUUUAGGGAUGACACCAAGCUCAACAAAGGGCAACGUAUAUUGUCCAACCUCAUGCAAGCCAUUGAAGGGUCUCAGAUUUUUGUUGUUGUCUUCUCAAAGAACUAUGCUUCCUCAACAUGGUGCUUGAGGGAACUUCAAAAGAUCCUUGAUUUCGUUAAUGUCUCCAGAAAACAUGUUCUGCCUGUUUUCUAUGAUGUUGAUCCAUCCGAGGUGCGGAAACAAACCGGAGACUAUGAGAAAGCCAUGUCCAAACAUGAAGAGAAGUCCAGAGAAGAUAAAGAGAAGAUGGAGGAAGUGAAAAGAUGGAGAGGAGCUCUCACACAAGUAGCCAAUCUCGCUGGUUGGGAUAUGAGGAAUAAGUCAGAGUAUGCUGAGAUUGAAAAAAUUGUUCAAGAAAUAAACAGUAUAUUGGGUCACGAUUUUUCAAGUCUUCCAAAUGAUCUAGUUGGAUCACUAAAAAUUAGUCUCUAA